AACACACAUUUCACGAGCUUCCUAGCUAAUAAACCAUGCCCAAAACAUGUAAAUAAAUCCACACAGCAGACUGCAAAAAUCUUGGCUCCAGCGUUGGGCACCGACGACCCGCCUUCUUCGUAUCGAUUCGCCCGAACAAUUCGUCAUACGCAUGGAGGGCGUGAAUGCGAUGUCGUUGAGAGCUUCAAUUCCUAGGGUUUCGUUCCAGGCCCGCCCUUCCUACCGUCACACAUCCAGGUUCUCCGCCUCUCGCAGGUCAAUUCCCACUCCCAGGUCUCGUUUGCCCCACCGAAGAGCCUCUAUUCAUGCUCAAAUGUCUGAAUCAAAGGAUGGAUCAGCAAUACUUUCCCCAGUCGAUGAGUCUGAAGAAAAUGCUCUUAAAAUUAAGGAGUGGGAAGUGGGCAGGUUCCAAGAUGAAAUAGCUGCUAGCCAGGGUAUAAGGAUCAGAAGACGGCCUCCAACUGGACCUCCUUUGCAUUAUGUUGGCCCAUUUGAAUUUCGUAUAGAGAGUGAGGGCAACACUCCCCGUAACAUACUAGAGGAAAUCGUAUGGAACAAGCAUACAGAAGUCACACAGAUGAAAGAGAGAAGGCCUUUGUCUGUGCUGAAGAAAUUUCUUGACAAUGCUCCUCCAGCCAGAGAUUUUGUGGGAGCUCUCAGGGAAUCAAAUUUACGCACUGGAUUGCCUGGAUUAAUUGCUGAAGUGAAGAAGGCUUCUCCAAGUAGGGGGGUUUUAAGAGAAAAUUUUGAUCCAGUUGAAAUUGCCAAAGCUUAUGAGAAAGGUGGAGCUGCUUGCCUUAGUGUUUUGACAGAUGAAAAGUAUUUUCAGGGAAGCUUUGAAAAUCUGGAGGCAAUACGAAAUGCCGGAGUGAAGUGUCCCCUUUUAUGCAAAGAUUUCAUCAUAGAUGCAUGGCAAAUCUACUAUGCCCGAAUUAAAGGCGCAGAUGCAAUUUUGCUUAUUGCUGCUGUUUUACCAGAUCUUGAUAUCAGAUAUAUGAUUAAGAUUUGCAAUAUGUUUGGAUUAGCAGCUCUUGUUGAGGUACACAAUGAGAGGGAAAUGGAUCGUGUCCUUGGCAUAGAUGGUGUGGAACUUAUUGGCAUCAACAACCGUGACCUUGAAACAUUUGAGGUUGAUAUUAGCUCUACAAGGAAGCUUCUUGAAGGAAAACGUGGGCAGCUUAUUCAUGAAAAAGACAUAGUGGUGGUUGGGGAGUCUGGGCUCUUCACUCCUGAUGAUAUUGCUUAUGUGCAGGAAUCUGGCGUUAAAGCAGUAUUGGUUGGAGAGUCUAUCGUGAAAAGAAGUGAUCCAGCAACAGGAAUAACCGAACUUUUCGGUAGAGACAUUUCCUUGCAAUCCUAGAUGAUGAACAAUUUCUCACCCCACUCUCCUCACUGAUCUAGCAAAUAGCACUGGCCUUCAUAGUUCUGUAUCCUCCCCAGUUUUUGCACCAAUCAUCGUUUAUGGUUCUAGUUUACAUCUCCCAAAAUGCUUAUGCAAUGAAAAGUUUUCUCAAGAAUUAGUUGGAUAGAGUGAAUGUGUGAUUAGACUACUCAUUUUGAAGUGCAAUGGAAGAUUGAAUAAUGGUUUUA